AGUUUUCUGCAAGUAGACAGAAGUGUGGUUUGAGUGGACGCGUACUUACAUGAAAUCAUCGAUAAUUAAUUGUUAGCGGUUCAAUAAUUAUAGUAUUAUCAAAUCAGUGUUAUUCCAAAGUGGACAUUGCAUUUGUGAUUCUUCAUUAAUUCAAUUAAUAGAAACAAAUUGUUUUCGCGAUUCGUCGAAUAAUUAAAAUGUUUGCAUAUUGAAAUACUUCAUAAAAAUAUAAAUGUUGUUAAAUUUGUUUAACAAAACUAUAUCACAUUUUCAAUAUUUUGUAGACAUUCAAACAAUUGGUUCAUUAUUUCUAUAAUCUAUUAAUAAUCUAUAUCUACACGCGGAUUUUAUACAAGGAAAAUCUUGGGAAAAAAGUACCAGUAAUACACUUAAGAAAAUACUUGUGAAGAUGCAGCGAGUCCUGAGCUUUCAAAUGACUCGCGAUAGCGGCGAGUCCAGUAAAUACGUGACGAAACGAUUGUGCUUUUCGACCCUUUUCUCAAUGGGUUUCCUCUGUCUGUUCUGCGGUUUCAUGUUAUGCCGCUUCGUCGUCGAGAGAUCGCAGAAGCUUCAAGAACUGGAAAGACGUGCCGAAUUAGACACAUCUCAAGAGGGAAAUGGUCUGCAGAAGACGAAGGAUUAUCAGCAACAGGCGCUUCAAGAGUUGGAGAGAGCGUCGUUCAACUACAGUCAUGUGAUAAAUUGGGAGAUGCCGGACUCACUGGAAUCUAAUAUGCAACGCAUCAGUGAAUUUUUUUCUAAUUUAUCAAUUAUUGAUGAAACGACCAAUCAUACAUCAUGCGUUCGCGCAAUCAGCUACGGUGUAGAAGAACCAGAUACAUUUAUUAUAUUGUCCGUUAACGAAGAUGGUAUCGCUAUAGCUUUGGAAUUAAUGCAGAUCUUAGACAGAAUUUAUUCUACGACCAAUUGGCUGCCACGACGAAGUAUAGUCUUCUGUGUGUCUCUCGUAUCCUCGGAUGUUUGUCCACAGACUCUGCCUGCAUUUAUGAAGCGAAAUGUAGCUUACGUAGCCGUGCACGGUUCUUUUCUGCAAGCUGAUGGUGACGUAGUUUUAUCAGGAUCAGAUAUUAUGCGAUCUAUAGCCGUCGAAGCCAUCAAAACAAUUCCUGACAAUAACUGGACGUAUCUUGAAUAUGAAAAUUUCGGUCCUCGUCUUCUCCUAGAUAUGCCACAAGUGACAUUUUCAUACAGUGAUUUUGCACUCAACCAAACGCAUCAUAAUCAAAGUUUGCGAUCACGCAGCGUAACUCUGGCGCAGAUGGUUUAUAAAACUGUAUGGUGGCUGUCUGAAAGUAUAGUUAUUCAAUGGGAACCGAAGUAUUUUAAUGAAACCGUUAACAGAAUGUUGGAAUCAAUCGACAGUGACAAGUUGAAAAACGCAAAAAAGAAACUACAGAGCAGAUUAAGACCAUUACUCUAUAUAGUAAAAUAUUUUAAUACUGAGGCAAAAAGGAUCAAUAAGGAUAAGCCACUCGAUGUAAAAGUAUGGAAUGAUCUGAUUUUUAACGUGGACAAAAUGUUUUUAUGCUCCGACGAAAAUGCACAUUCCAGAACCGAUCUAACAACGUUUCACGAAUUAUCACUUCAGUCUACUAGCAACUUAUUAAAUUAUCUCGAUGAGAUGACAAAAUGUUACCAGAACGUCAUGCAAGUUUACUGGUUCUACUUUAAAAUACAGAAAAUAGUUUACAGAUAUAAGAAUACAGACCUUAUGCAUCAGAUAGAAAAACCUGGGUCAAAACCAUGGGCGAAAAUGAAACAACAGGAACUUGUGUAAUAUACAUACUUAGGAAGACAAAUCGACAAUACAGGACGGACAGAACAGGAGAUUGAACAGAGAAUUCUAAAAGGUAAAAAGGUCAUAGGAAGCCUGAAUUGUGGUCCAAAAACAUAUCACGCGAAAGGAAACACCUACUAUAUAAUCAAUCUUUAAAAGUAUACUGCUAUAUGGAUGCGAAACUUGGCAAAUAAACAAAAACGUAGAACGACGUCUCCUAGCAUUAGAAAUGGAUUUCUGGAGAAGAGCAGCCAGGAAGUCAAGAGUGGAAAGAGUGACAAACAACCGAAUCAGAGAAAUGAUGAAGGUGAAAACGAUUAUAAUAGACGAAAUACAGAGACGACAGCUAACUUGGCAUGGCCAUGUAGAAAGGAUAAACGAUGAACGACUCCCAAAAUUGAUAUUAAAAUGGACACCUAUGGAAAGAAGAGGAAGACCCAAAUCAACUUGGAUGGGCGGAAUACACAGGGCCAUGUCGGAAAGGAAUCUACAACCGGGUGAAUGGGAGGAUAGAAGAGGCUGGAAGUGGGAUGUCGAAAGGUAGGAAGCGUAGAACACUAUAAAACUGACAUAUAUAUGAAAAAUGAUUACACCUGGGAAAUAUAAAAGCAAGAAAAAUUUCUAAGAAAGAACGUAUAAAAUAUCUAAAAAUAUAUGUUUGUUUGUUCACAAUUGUUACAAAGUAUAUGCUCGUUGUCACAAUUUUUCAACAUUUAUAUUUUAAUUGUUUUUAUAUGCAAAAUAGUGGCGGCAAAACGUUAACAUCAUACAAAUUGAGCCAUUUCAAAUUAUUAAAUCUUAAAUCGUUGGUGUUAUAAAAAAUUAUUUGACACUUGCUUUGCUUUGCAUUGCCAUUUUACACUUAUUGUCUUAUCUCUCAAUGGAUGAUGUAAAAUAAAAUAUAUAUUUCUAUGUACAAUUCUAUUUAUAUCUAACAAUAAGUGUUAAGUACAAAAGUAAU